GGACUACAGCUAAGACGACAGUUUGAUCCUCUGGCAUCUACUGCUUCAGAAAGUGGGCUAUUGAGGGAAUGUGUUUCGGGUUGCGCUGUCUUGGAAGGUUGUAUGUUUUCCGGCAAUCUGGAGGAACAGUCAUUAAGAACAGUCUGGGUGAGGAGUUCUACAGAGAGGCCAUUGAGCACUGCCGCAGCUACAAUGCCCGUCUCUGCGCGGAACGCUCCAUGAGACUGCCCUUCCUGGACUCCCAGACAGGCGUGGCUCAGAGCAACUGCUACAUCUGGAUGGAGAAAAACCACCGAGGCCCAGGUUUGGCCCCAGGGCAGCUGUACACUUACCCAGCCCGCUGCUGGCGCAAGAAGAGACGGCUAAACAUCCUGGAGGAUCCGCGCCUCGGACCCAUUGAGUUUAAGAUCGACUACGAGGCAUCUCUGAAGAAAGAAGGCGGGCUGCCGGAGGGGCCUGUGUUGGAGUCUCUGCUCAGUGGAGAACCUCUGGAGAAGAAGGUGGAGGCCAAGGAGGAGGAGCCUAUGAGCGAGUGUCAGAAGCUGCUGGUAGGCGAUUUCCCCCAUGAACUGGAUGUGGAGGAGAUGGAGGACGAUGUCCCUAAGCGCAAGAACCGCAAGAACCGCGAAGGACGGGCCUGUGGUGUUGGGGGUAUGAGGAAGAGACAGGACCCCAGCACCAUUGAGGACAGGGACAAGCCAUACGUCUGUGACAUCUGCGGCAAGCGCUACAAGAACCGCCCGGGCCUCAGCUACCACUACACGCACACACACCUGGCAGACGAGGAGGGGGAGGAGGACUCGGAGCGCCACACCCUGCCCUUCCAGCGCAAGAACAACCACAAGCCUAAGAAAGCAGCAGACGGCUCGGUCAUCCCCAAUGGCUACUGUGACUUCUGCUUGGGCGGCUCCAAGAAGACAGGCUGCCCCGAGGACCUCAUCUCCUGUGCUGACUGUGGGCGAUCAGGGCACCCGUCCUGCCUGCAGUUCACUGUUAACAUGACGACUGCAGUGCGGACCUACCGCUGGCAGUGCAUCGAAUGCAAGUCCUGCAGCCUGUGUGGCACCUCAGAGAAUGACGAUCAGUUGCUGUUUUGUGAUGACUGUGACAGAGGCUAUCACAUGUACUGUCUGAGUCCUCCAAUGGCGGAACCUCCUGAGGGGAGCUGGAGUUGUCAUCUGUGUCUGCGACAGCUGAAAGAGAAGGCCUCGGCCUACAUCACACUGACCUAAUCUGCCACGCUAAAGCCCACCUCCCCACACCUCCCCGUCCCUGUUACCACGGCAACCCUACUACCCCCAACGUGAAGACAGCGAGAAGACACCCCGGGACCCCCGCCAGUUAAUCCUCCUCCGUUCAGCCACAAGACCCCUGUCCCGCUCUGCGGUCGUCGGGCCUCUCCGCAACGGGCCUCUUCCCAGGGUGCACCGUGCUCCAUCCAGGUACCCCCCCUGCCUCCUCCCAGGGUACCCCACCUCUGGCUCUUCUGGCCCAGGGGGGAACAUCCUAAACCCCCAGCAGGCCCGGGGUGAUGGCGGGACGUCGCUGGACGGUCGUUUAUCCCAACUACGCCGCACCCGCAUCAUCCGUCUGCCGUCCGUUUAGAAGCAGCCUGCCGGGGCACCGAAGAGCCCCCCCCGCCACCCACCACCCCCACACCCACCCCCGCCGUUAAAGGUCCUAACAAGCUGCAGCUGUCUCUGUGGCCGUGGACUCCCAAUCACCUCCUCAGACUCUCAGAAACCUGGCAGGGGGGAGUCCACCCUGGGAGAGGCCCGGACUCCUCCUGGUCAGGGUUAAACCCUGCACCUCCCUGCCUGGAGCCCAACGCCACUCAAAGCCUUUCAUGCUGAAGUGCUGGGGAUUGAUACCGUCUCCCGGGGCGACUGUGGCUUGAUGACAUUUACGGAGAAGGAGAGGUUGUCUCUCUGCCGUCGGCCGCUCAGAUUGAAAUCCAAACAAAAAAAAACAAGAAUGAGUUAGAGCAAAAGCUAUCCCGAACAAUACGCUCCUUCAUUUCCUUGAAUACAGCAACUGAAAAGCCAACUUUGAGUCUCUGGUGGAGCUUGGUUUAUUUUGUCUGUGUGUAGCAAGAAUGUAGGUAUGUUUUAAGUGUGGACAGGGAAGAGUUUAAUGUCUGGCCUUGUCAAAAAUACAAAUCUUUCUUUUU